UUGUUUAAAUAUCUAUCCCAGGGAAUUAUGGGAAAACGCGCCAUCAGAGAUAUAAAACCAGUCACGGACUCAUGGGUUUCAGAAGAAGAUGGACUCUGUAUUAGGUUUAUGGCGCUAACGUUGUCACGGUGUUUUUUCUGUUUAUUAAAGUUUGCCGUUUUAGAGAGAGAGAGUUUAAAAGAAAAAUAAAUAUACAAAAAGACAUCAGUAUGAAGCGUGGCCAUUUAUUGAACCUAUGCAGCUACAAAUGGGGUUCAACACUUCUGUACGCUUAUUUACGCCAGAUCUGAAUUGGAACGCCGCUACGAACUCAAACUAAGGCUAACAGUAACCGAGAGGUCACACAGCUACGCCCCCGCUCUGUAUCGCCUCACCACACAGCUCUGCCCCUGCGUGUGUGUGUGUGUGUGAGAGUGUUGCAGUGUGUUAGUCGGACCGGGACGGCUUCAGCAUGCGAAAAGAGAGCCCGUUGCUGAGGUGGCUCCGCUGGAUUGUUGCUGUAGCUGCUGUUUUGCUGGUGGGCUUUGUCAUAGGCUGGUUCGCAAGGCCCACGUCUUCACACGUGCAAGGAGAUGGGACCUCAAGCCAAUACCUGAGGAAGUUCCUUGACGAGAUGAAAGCAAGCAACAUCAGAGAGCACCUUAGAAAGUUCACCAGACUCCCCCACCUAGCAGGCACCAAGCAGAAUUUGGUGUACGCAGAACAAAUCCGGGAGGAGUGGCUUAGCUUUGGACUGGACUCAGUUGAACUGGUGCCCUAUGACGUCCUGCUGUCGUAUCCCAACAAGUCGCAGCCCAACUACAUCUCCAUUGUGGACCAGCUGGGCAAUGAGGUCUUCAACACCUCCCUGGCCGAGCCCGUCCCCGAUGGGUAUGAAGGUGUUGCUGACAUUAUACCUCCGUACAGUGCAUUCUCUCCCAAAGGACAACCUGAGGGGGAGUUGGUGUAUGUGAACUAUGGCCGCACCGAAGACUUUGUCCAGCUCAAGAGAGAGAUGGGAAUAAAUGUAACUGGGAAGAUAGUGAUCGUGCGCUAUGGGAAGAUCUUCAGAGGAAACAAGGUGAAGAACGCCAUGCUAGCAGGAGCCAAGGGCAUCAUCAUGUUCUCGGACCCAGCCGACUACUCCGCCGUCGGGGUGCAGCCCUACCCUGAUGGCUGGAACUUACCCGGGGGAGGUGCCCAGAGAGGAAAUGUACUAAACCUGAAUGGAGCUGGAGACCCCCUCACACCAGGCUACCCUGCUAAAGAAUACACCUACAGAUCCAACCUAGAAGACGGGGUGGGUCUCCCCAAGAUUCCUGUGCACCCCAUUGGUUACCAUGAUGCCAUGCACCUGCUGAAGAACAUGGGAGGAAGGCUGCCACCAAAUAACUGGAAAGGAGCCCUGAACGUUUCCUACAGUAUCGGACCGGGCUUCACAGACACCUUCAGAACACAGAAAGUGCGCAUGAACAUCCACACCAAUAACCAGGUGACCAGGAUCUACAACGUGAUUGGUCGGAUCAGAGGAGCUCAGGAACCAGACCGCUACGUCAUCCUGGGGGGGCACCGGGACGCCUGGGUGUUUGGCGCGAUCGACCCGAUGUCCGGUGCAGCCGUGGUCCAUGAAACCGUCCGGAGUGCCGGGAAACUGCUCAGCAAUGGUUGGAGGCCUAGGAGAACUAUCAUAUUUGCCAGUUGGGAUGCAGAGGAGUUUGGACUGCUGGGAUCAACCGAAUGGGCCGAGGACAAUGCCAAGUUGUUACAAGAGAGAGCAGUGGCCUACAUCAAUGCUGACUCUGCCAUAGAAGGUAUGUAUACACUUAGGGUAGACUGUACUCCAUCGCUACACACCCUGGUAUAUGACCUAACAAAACAGAUAGCCAGCCCAGAGGAGGGAGAGGAGGGAGUGUCUCUCUAUGACAGCUGGCACAAGAGAGACAACUGGACUAGUGACCGCGAUGCCCCCAGGAUCAGUAAGCUAGGUUCAGGCAGUGACUUCGAGGCCUACUUCAUCCGGCUGGGCAUCGCUGCUGGUCGAGCCAGAUACACCAAGGAUCGGAAGACGGAGCGAUACAGCAGUUACCCAGUCUAUCACAGUGUGUACGAGACCUUUGAGCUUGUGGAGCGGUUCUACGACCCCACCUUCAGAAGGCUUCAGGCGGUGGCACAGGUUCGGGGCGGGCUCAUAUUCCGGCUGGCGGAUUCCCAGCUUCUCCCCCUGGACGCUAACGAAUACGCAGGGUCUCUGAGGAGGUAUGUGCUGAGCAUCGCCGAGCGCGCAGAGAAGCACCCUGAGGAGAUGAAGAUGUACAGAGUCACAUUUGAUGCAUUGUUUUCUGCGGAGGAGAAUUUUACUAUUGCGGCAAGAGAUUUCCAUGUACGACUGCAGAACCUCAACAGAGCAGACUCACUGCAGGUACGCAUGGUGAAUGACCAGCUCAUGUACCUGGAAAGAGCUUUCAUAGACCCCCUGGGCCUCCCUGGCAGACCCUUCUACAGGCAUCUGAUCUUUGCUCCCAGCAGCCAUAACAAAUAUGCAGGCGAGUCUUUCCCAGGCAUCUAUGAUGCCUUGUUCGACAUUGAGAGUUCAGCCAAUCAGCAGCAGGCGUGGCAGGAAGUCAAGCGUCAAAUCAGCAUUGCGGCCUUCACCGUCCACGCAGCAGCCAUGACACUCACACAACCUGCCUGAGAGAGAGUGAGAGUGAGAGUGAGAGAGAGAGAAAGAGAGAGAGAUAUUCUUAACACAUGUCAUUCAGCAAAAACCAGAGACAUCCUGGACAAUACGCCUCCUGGAAUAGUGCUACAUCCAUCAGCACCAUCAAGGACAGAUCUUGUUAUGCCACAUCUUGUCACGACACAGAACGGGAAUCAAUAGCAGAUCAAAAAGGGUUUAUUUCCAUACAGUCCAGCGGGCAAAUCAGAUUCCAGGUACAGGCAGGGUUCGUAAACGGGCAGGCAGGCAGACAGAUACUGACGGACAGCUACAGGCAAGAGAUCCAAAAACUGAUAGGCAGAAGGCUUAAUCCAAACAGGCAGGGUUCAAAACCGGGAAGAACAGAAACUAUAGUCUCUCUUUAAAGAGCUUCACGCUAGUCGCACUCACGUGGCAGUCGGGUAGCAAACAGUACCUAACGUGACGAUCUGACAAAGUGAGCAGAAAGGGCAGCGUUUAAAUACUCCACCAAUCAAUGCAAAAUGAGGGACAGGUGGACAGAGAAAAUGGAGGGCACAAACAAAAAGGCAGGAAGUCGCCCAAAUAAGGACAUGGGUGUCACCCCGGACACAUGACCAACACAUGGCUCCAAACAUAAACAAAGUCCAGAAUUAUCACACUCCAACAGGUAGGGGGAGACAAAAACAACAGUCCAUGCGAGAAUCCUGACACAUCUUUAGAUUGAUAUUUUGCACAAUCGUAGAACAAAACAAGGAAGGUCUGUGAAACAUGUUAAUGGUUUUGUUUAAAACCUCUAGUACUUUUGAACAAAUAAAAUUCCAUUCAGAAUUGUAUGCAAGAACAAUGUUGGUGGAUUCAUGUGAUUUAAUUAAUUAACCUACAGCAGAAGUAUCAUUCCCAUUAACUGUGCUUUGGAGAUCUUUAAAUAAUGAAUGAUUGUCAACCCCACUAGAUGGCUUGUACAUCAUAAAGCUGAUAAAGUGUUAAUACUCCUGGGUCCAACUAAUGUAGGGAAGUCAUCUAAGGUAGGGUGUCAUUAAAUGUAGUACAAUUUUACUUCAUCCAGUUUUUUGCUUGCUUCCAUGGCUGCUGGGCAGAUUUGCUUUAUAUCUGGCAACCCAGGGUACUCCGAGAAGAAUAUAUGAAUCACUAACACCGGCCCGGAACAAAUUUCAAAGGAGAACAUACUGGCUGUAGUAUUGUUGUGGGAAAGCCAGGAUUUCGAUUUAACCGGUUUCUCUAAUCUCUGACACAUGACAUAAAAGACAAAAUCAGACAACAUUUGAGCUAUUACCCUCAGGUGGCAGGUUUCAAUACCCAGCCCUCUCAAAAAAAUAGGACAAAGCAGUCAUUCAUUCCACAAUCCAUCAGCUUUUUAAACCAACAACUAGAAAGAAGAUUUAAUUCUCCUUCUCAGUGGGUCUGACAAGGGAACACAAUAUUUUCUUACAUGACUUUUUCUUUUACCUAUUGUAUAUAUUUAUUCUGAUGGCAUGUGGAAUACUGGCCACUAUGCACUUGCGAUCUGUAGCCAGGGGAUUCUGUUUUGAUGUCAUGUCUGUCUAAAGUCUAAUGUCCUUAUAUGUUUCCUUGUAUUACGUGGGAAAAAAGAUUUUGGGGUCUUGUUUAACGGUCAUGUGUCUCUGUCUCAUUUACUGAGAAAAAAAAAUCCCCAAGGGGACAAUAAAUGAUCUAUAUAUCUAUCUAUCUAACUGUC